CAUGUGCUCAUGUUUAUGUUUUUACUUUUCUCUCUGUUGCUAUGACUUCAUGUUGUCAUAUAUUCUUAUUAACUGUAUUUACUUAAUGAUUGUAAGGAUUUUUAAUUUGACCACAAGUUGUGUUGAAGGAAAUGUUAGUUUUGUUCUUUUAAAUGAGUAAAGCUCUGGGGUCCCGGGCUUUUAUUGUGAAGGCGCGCACCGGAUGUGUGUGUUCCUCCCUGCAGAGGAGGAGAGCGGAGCUGAAGGUCACGGAGCUUCUCUUCCAUCCUCAUCCAGCAUCACACAGACAGCAUCCACUGAGCGUGAGACAGGAGCCGGAGCGACAGACACAUCUGCUGCUGCCUGUCUCACUGCUUCCUAUCUGCCUGAGUGAUUCUCCACCAGCCGCCUGCAGCUCCUCCACCUGUCUCUCUCUCUCUCCACCUGUCUCUCUCUCUCUCUCCCUGCCUGUCUGACCCCCGCCCGUCUCUCCGCCAUGGGGAACCGGGGGAUGGAGGACCUGAUCCCGCUUGUGAAUAAGCUCCAGGAUGCCUUCUCCUCCAUCGGGCAGAACUCGAGCCUCGACCUGCCGCAGAUCGCGGUGGUGGGCGGGCAGAGCGCCGGGAAGAGCUCCGUGCUGGAGAACUUCGUGGGCAAAGACUUUCUGCCUCGGGGUUCAGGUAUCGUCACUCGGCGCCCCCUAGUGCUGCAGCUCAUCAACUGUCCUACAGAGUACGCAGAGUUCCUUCACUGUAAAGGGAAAAAGUUCAUCGACUUUGAUGAAGUCCGUCAGGAGAUUGAAGCUGAAACUGAUCGAAUCACCGGACAGAACAAAGGAAUCAGUCCGGUCCCCAUAAACCUGCGAGUGUACUCACCUAAUGUGUUGAACCUGACUCUAGUGGAUCUCCCCGGGAUGACGAAGGUUCCGGUGGGCGACCAGCCGGCCGACAUCGAGAAUCAGAUCAGAGAGAUGCUCAUGCAGUUCGUCACCAAAGACAACUGCCUCCUAUUGGCUGUUUCCCCCGCCAACUCUGACCUCGCCAACUCUGACGCUCUGAAGAUCGCAAAGGAGGUCGAUCCGCAAGGUCUGAGGACCAUCGGUGUGAUCACUAAACUGGAUUUGAUGGACGAAGGAACCGACGCUAGAGAUAUCCUGGAGAACAAACUGCUUCCUCUACGCAGAGGUUACAUCGGGGUGGUGAAUCGCAGUCAGAAGGACAUCGACGGCAGGAAAGACAUCAAUGCAGCUCUGCAGGCCGAGAGGAAGUUCUUCCUGUCGCACCCGUCAUACAGACACCUGGCAGACCGCAUGGGCACCGCCUACCUGCAGAAGACCCUCAACCAGCAACUGACCAACCACAUCCGGGACACGCUGCCGGCGUUACGCAGCAAACUGCAGAGUCAGCUGCUGUCUAUCGAGAAGGAGGUGGAGGAGUACAAGAACUUCAGACCGGACGACCCGGGACGCAAGACCAAGGCCCUGCUGCAGAUGGUGCAGCAGUUUGCGGUUGACUUUGAGAAGCGGAUCGAAGGAUCUGGAGAUCAGGUGGAAACCUACGAGCUUUCAGGAGGAGCGAAAAUCAACAGAAUCUUCCACGAACGCUUCCCCUUCGAAAUUGUCAAGUUGGAGUGUGAUGAGAAGACUCUGCGUAAAGAGAUCAGCUACGCCAUCAAGAACAUCCACGGCAUCAGGACGGGUCUGUUCACACCUGACAUGGCGUUUGAGACGAUUGUGAAGCGUCUGAUCGCUCAGAUCAAAGAGCCAUGUCAGAAAUGUGUCGACAUGGUGAUCAACGAGCUGGUGAACACUGUGAGGCAGUGCACACAGAAGUUGGCUCAGUUUCCGAUGCUCAGGGAGGAGAUGGAGAGAAUUGUCACCCAGCACAUCAGAGACCGGGAGAGUCGCACCAAAGACCAGGUGAUGUUAUUGAUUGACAUUGAGUUGGCCUACAUGAACACAAACCAUGAAGACUUCAUCGGCUUUGCAAAUGCUCAGCAGAAGAGCAAUCAGAUGAGUAAGAAGAAAGCAGCAGGAACCCAGGACGAGAUCAUGGUGAUCCGUAAAGGCUGGUUGACCAUCAACAACAUCAGCAUCAUGAAGGGAGGAGCUAAAGAGUACUGGUUCGUCCUGACAGCCGAGACACUGUCCUGGUACAAAGAUGAUGAGGAGAAGGAGAAGAAGUACAUGCUUCCUGUGGACAACCUGAAACUCAAAGACAUCGAGAAGAGCUUCAUGUCCAGCAAACAUAUCUUUGCCCUGUUCAACACUGAACACAGAAACGUGUACAAAGACUCUCGUCAGCUGGAGUUAGCCAGCGAGUCUCAGGAGGAGGUGGACAGCUGGAAGGCUUCUUUCCUACGUGCUGGAGUGUACCCUGAACGCAACGUGGAUAAAGAGAAGGUGGAGGUGGAGGAGUCUCGGGGCGACGGGCAGAUCCACAGUCUGGACCCUCAGCUGGAGCGGCAGGUGGAGAUCGUCAGAAACUUGGUGGACUCGUACCUUUCCAUCAUCCACCGCACCGUCAGGGAUCUCAUCCCCAAGACCAUCAUGCACCUGAUGGUCAACAACACGAAGGAGUUCAUCCACUCCGACCUGUUGGCUCAUCUUUACUCCUGUGGAGACCAAAACACCCUGAUGGAGGAGUCCCAGGAACAGGCUCAGCACCGUGAUGAAAUGUUGAGGAUGUACCACGCUCUUCGCGAGGGCCUCAACAUCAUCGGUGACAUCAGCACCUCCACCAUCGCCACGACGAUGCCGCCGCCCGUCGACGACUCCUGGCUGCAGGUGACGGGGAUGCCAUCGGGACGCAGGUCCCCCAUGAGCAGUCCAACCCCCCAGCGUCGGGCCCCACCGGGUCCUCCUCGUCCAGGUGGUCGUGCGGCCCCAACUCGUCCCGCAGUGUCUCCGGACCCUGGACCAACACCUUCCGUCCCCUCCCGACCCAACAGAGCGCCCCCUCCUGGGGUCCCCAGUCGUCCCAGUAAAGGUAGCCCGGCCCACGGAGAGAGCCCCCAGUCAUCUAUCGACGGUUAACCCGUCCCCCCCGCUGUGUGUGUCUCUACUGAUGUUACUGUCAACUUUACUUGUGAUAAAAUUAUAAGGAUAUUGAUUAUCAGCACAUUAAUGACCAUAUAACACAUGAUCAGCAAUAUUGAGCGUGUAGAUAUGUCGAGCAGCAGAAACAGGAAGUGCAGAACUCUCACUCAACUCUUUUAUUUAUACUGUUGCUAACACUUUGUGUGACGUCCAGCUCCGUAAUGCAGUAUACAAUACUUACAAUGUGCUUAUAGCGCUGUGUAAUUAUAGAUACACAUACAUAUUCACAAUACUCUAUAAUAAUAACACAUUAAGCUCUUUAUAAUGACUAAGAUCAUAUAAUAUUAUAAUUCAUAAAGUUGUAAUGCAUUAUAAUGUGAUUAUAAAUCACUCAGUGACAAAAAUAUUCUUAGAUGUAAAUCAUCCUGAGCAGCAUUAUGAAGUGUUAAGAUACUUUAUCAGUUAUUAUGAAAUGCUGAAUGUGUUAUGGUUAUUGUUAUAUAUAACUUUAUGGACGCGGGCGUCACAGAAAGUUUUUACCACAUUUUUCUUUUGUUUCUUGUACGUUGACAAGGUUUUUUUUAUUAUAUGCUGCUGAAAUGUUGGAACUUUUCUUUACAGUGUAAAUUUUUACAUAUUGUUUUAAUUUUUGUAUUUAUUAAUCUAUUUAUUGAUUUAUUUAUUGUCUGAGGUUCCUGUUUAUGGCAUUAUUACACAAACACAUUUAUCUUUGUAAACCAACAGAUGUUUCCGUUGGAUUUUGGAUUAUAGCAGAAACAAACAAACAUUUCUGAUAAUCUCCACUGAUUACUCACGUUAACGCUAACGUUCGGCUAUAAAGGAGCUACACCACGCUUGACUUCAUCACCGCUAAGAUAACGGCGGCUAAUGUUAGCGUGAAGACGUUUAACGUCCCGACAUUUAGUUUAUUAUUUAUUUAGUGUUUAUCUGUAAUUCGUGUCGAAUCACAGAAUUCUUGAGGGAAUAAAGAAGUUUCACAAAGGUGUUACUUUAAAUUGCCAAUGAAAAUCAGUUCAAAUAAACUAUCAAUUUAUUAUAUCCAGUGGUUUACUAGAUUCCUCUAACCUCUUUGUUUUAGUUUAAAUAUUUUAUGUUCCGGACUUUAUACUUUUGGCUGAUGGAGAUUUGAUGAAUGAAUCCAGGAGUGUAAAUGCAGACGGCAAGUUUGAGAAAUAUAAAUGUUUUCAGAGACACCAGCUGUUAGAUUUUGAUGUUUCAGACAAACUGUAAGAAUUUAAGCUACAACUGCUGAUCUAUUUAUUCAACCUGUGUAUGUGUAUGCUUUUCAUGUUGUGGUGGUAUUUCUGCUCUGAGCUGCGUUCAACACAACACACGCUUCACUGUGUUAGCGUUAGCAGAACGUUAGCAGAUUGUUAGCAGAACGUUAGCAGAUUGUAAGCAGAUGUUCGCAAAUUGUUAGCAGAUGUUAGCAGAGCGUUAACAGAUGUUAGCAGAACGUUAGCAGAUGUUAGCAGAACGUUAGCAGAUGUUAGCAGAGCGUUACCAGAUGUUAGCAGAACGUUAGCAGAUCUUAGCAGAACGUUAGCAGAUGUUAGCAGAGCGUUACCAGAUGUUAGCAGAGCGUUACCAGAUCUUAGCAGAACGUUAGCAGAUCUUAGCAGAACGUUAGCAGAUGUUAGCAGAGCGUUACCAGAUGUUAGCAGAUGUUAGCAGAGCGUUACCAGAUGUUAGCAGAACGUUAGCAGAUGUUAGCAGAACGUUAGCAGAUGUUAGCAGAACGUUAGCAGAUGUUAGCAGAGCGUUACCAGAUGUUAGCAGAACGUUAGCAGAUCUUAGCAGAACGUUAGCAGAUGUUAACAGAACAUUAGCAGAACGUUAGCAGAUCUUAGCAGAUUGUUAACAGAACGUUAGUAGAUGUUAGCAGAACAUUAGCAGAUUGUUAGCAGAGCGUGUUUAUAGCUGUGAAGUGUCCUUGUGUUCACAUUAAUUGUCAGCAUGGUAGUAAAACUGAUUUCUAAAAGUAUUUGUGAUGUCAGGUGUUGCAUGUGUUGCUCUGCAGCCUCUAGUUGAACGCAGCUCCACACACACCUGUGAUCAUAGAUAGUUCCCUCUGUAUUAAUAUCAAUGUUUACAGAACAUAUGAAGAUAAUAAUGUACCAUAUAUAUGUAAGGAACAUAUAUAUCGAUCUAUUCAAAUGAAAUAUGCAGCGGCCCAGACUGUAGUGUGUGUGUGCGUCUGUAUGUGUAGUUUUAUUGUGUAACUUAGUAUCAUGUGAUCAGGGCCAACUGAGACGUGUUGACAUGAAUAAAGUUUGUGUGAAUGAA